AUGAAUGCAGAGGAGCUGGAGCUAUUGGCUGACUCCAAGUAUAGGAACUAUGUGGCAGCUGUUGACAAGGCCCUGAAAAGCUUUGAGUACUCCAGUGAGUGGGCCGAUUUAAUCUCAUCACUUGGGAAGCUAAACAAGGUUCUACAUAACAAUGCAAAGUAUCAAGUAGUUCCGAAAAAGCUGACUGUAGGAAAGCGCCUUGCACAGUGCCUUCAUCCUGCCUUACCGGGUGGGGUGCACCGGAAGGCGCUUGAGACGUAUGAGAUUAUCUUCAAAAUCAUUGGGCCCAAGCGUCUGGCCAAAGAUCUCUUCCUAUACAGUUCUGGGUUGUUUCCUCUUCUUGCCAAUGCUGCUAUGUCUGUCAAGCCAGCAUUACUCAGUCUGUAUGAAGUGUAUUAUCUUCCUUUGGGCAAAACGCUGAAACCAGGCCUGCAGGGUUUGUUAACUGGGAUCCUUCCUGGCUUGGAAGAGGGGUCAGAGUAUUAUGAGAGAACCAACACUCUGCUGGAGAAAGUAGCAGCUGCAGUGGACCAAUCAGCUUUCUACAGUGCGCUCUGGGGUAGCCUUCUGACAAGUCCUGCUGUUCGGCUGCCUGGAAUUACUUAUGUCCUCUCCCAUCUGAACAGGAAGCUUUCCAUGGAAGACCAGCUUUACAUAAUAGGCAGUGACAUUGAAUUGAUGGUAGAAGCGGUAAGCACUUCAGUGCAGGAUUCUAGUGUCUUAGUACAGAGAAGCACACUGGACCUGAUACUCUUCUGUUUUCCGUUCCAUAUGAGUCAGGCAACGCGCCCAGACAUGAUCAGAAUUCUUUCUGCAUCUCUUCAUGUAGUCCUGCGCAGAGACAUGUCACUUAAUCGAAGGCUUUAUGCCUGGCUUCUAGGUUUUGAUAACAAUGGUGCUAUCAUAGGGCCUAGAAGCACAAGACACAGUAACCCAGAAGAACAUGCUACCUAUUAUUUCAGUACAUUCUCCAAGGAUAUGUUAGUUCAGGCAAUGGUGGGAAUUUUGCAAAUCAACGGACAUGGAGAGGAGAGCACGUUGAUGCAGGACCUAAAGCCUUUUCGGAUUCUUAUCAGUUUACUGGACAAACCUGAGCUAGCCUUCAACAUCGACGGCUCCGGCAUCGAGGUCCUCUUCCAAUAUUGGUCAACCGACAUCGAAAUCACCGACAUCGAAGGCGCAAUCCUCCACUUCCACGCCGUAUCGCUACCGGAGGCCCAAGCCCCUCCACUGAUACCGACCAUUCAACUCUUGGACUCCCCUAUGCACCAACUGGAACGUCCUUACUCCGAUACACUUUUGGACUCUCCUAUACACCAACUCAAAUGUUCUUUCUCCGAUAUCGAGACUCUGGAGCUCCUUAGUCGCCCCCCAGACACAGAUCGCUCUCCUUCCCCAUCGUUGACAUCGACGGUCUCCGAGGCCCAUGCCGGUAUCGGUACAGGUCGGAAUCGGCAUAUCUCCAGCAGCACUCAGCAUCACCCUCCAUGUCUGUUUGCUGAGCCUGUCGAUAUCGAUGAGCGAGUUUAUAGGGACUGCUCACAAAGGCAGUAUACUGCACUGUCUCCUGGAUGCUCCCGUUCCAGAAGUUGA